CAAGCUGUUUGAAAAAACGUGUAGCCAACAAGGAAAUAGCGAACCUUGCACUUUAUAACAAAUCAAUCUGGCGUAGACGAGACGCAGUGGUUAUCGCCUUGAACAGGAAACAUUACUUGCACGGACGCUCAAGUCCCAACAUGCCCAGGUACAGCAGGGAGCAGGUGUCCCUUGAAGAUUGGCCCUUCUAAUACAUGAGAAGAGAACAAAUCAAUGUGUUUCGGAUUUCAAUUCAACACCUUCACACACAAAAAACAAGGUCCUCUGAGAGAAUAGGUGUGAGAUGGAGAGAGAGAAGAAGAAGAAGAGGGAAUGGAGGAGAGGAAGUGGACAAGAGAAAGUGGAGGGUGAGAAUCAAGCCGGUGGGGGAACCAUGGAAACGGGACAUGAUCCUCUUGGUCAGAUGAGGAAUAAGACUGUCGAUAGAAUAACACACUUUCCCGUAGAUAAGAUGACCCACCAUCUUGGAGAGGAACUGUCACGUAGGGAAGGACAGACCGAGGGAGAAACUGCCCGUGUGUCUGCAGUUAGAAACAAAGAAGAAAGUGGAAUUCAAAUGAGGAUGGAGAAGAUGGAGGAAAUGAAUAAAGGACUGAUAGCAGUUACAGACAGAGACAACGAUGAUGACGACCCUCCCUCCAUCCCUCCUGCUCCCUCCAUCUCUCCUGCUCCCUCCAUCUCUCCCCACCCUCUCAUCUCCCUCUCCCUCCUUCCUGGUUCCUCUCUCCUCGUUCUCUCCAGUUCCGUCCCUCACCCCUCCCCUUCCCCCGUCAGUAGAGCUGUGUGCGGUGCUCACCGACACUAGACUGACUCUGGAUGUAUACCAGGGCGGGACUGCUGUGCUACAGGUACUAUGGGUGUCUGUCCCUGGGCAGCUGAGGGGCCUGCAGUACCUCCGACUGGGCUCGGAGGACAGGGGGGCGCUAGAGGGAGCCCUGGACGUCCUACCGCACCUCACACAGCUACGCUCACUAGCUAUUAGAGGACACUGUUUCCAUGACGCCCAUGGUGACCCCCUCCCCGGCCUUCUCACCUCUCUUCCUCCCUCUCUCUCAUCCCUUUCUCUCCUCAUCCACCUGGACCUCUCCUUCAACCUCCUCUCCUCCUUCCCUCCCUGCCUCCUCACCCUCCCCCUCCUCUCCACCCUCCUCCUGGGUCACAACCACCUCACUGAUCUCCCUCCCUGCUUCGGUCCUCUCCCUGCCCUCCGCUACCUCUCUCUCCUGGGGAACUGUCUGGCCUCUCUACCCCCCAGCCUGGGUCAGUUGAGGACACUCCACACCCUGGAUGUCUCCUAUAACCUCCUGGAGACAUUACCUGAGGAGAUCGGUGCGCUGGAGGAGCUGGUCAAACUGGAGCUGUCACACAACAGGCUAAAGAGGCUGCCUGAGACCAUGGGCUGUCUCCUGUCUCUCAGGGACCUGGUGAUCCACAGUAAUGACCUGCGUGUUCUCCCCGUCUGUCUCUGUCUGGACAAACUGGAUAAGUUAAAGGUAGACGUAAGGAACAACCCCCUGGGAAGACCCCCUACCCCUCCACCACUACCACCCACACCUGGCCAGGUGGAAACACGCAUUCCAGAGUUACACCUUGGACCGAAUCGACACAGGUUCUGUGUGUCGUCUGCUGGUUGUCAUGUGUUCCUCCCAGGGGGAGCGGAGCUACUGUUUCCCUCGGGUUGCCUAGCGACGACCACCACGCUGCAGUGGGCGGAGCGUAGGCCAGACAGGAAAUGGGUGUGGCUCGAGGAGCAUGACUUCCUGCUGAGUCGACCACUGGAACUCCUCCCACACGGGAUCUCCUUUUUAAAGCCAGUGGAGGUGUGUGUACCGUACCACCGGUCCAGGAAAGGGGAGGUGGUUGUGAGGAGGUUUGAUGGACAGAAGUGGAGUACACUAUCCACUGAGACCAGAAGGGGCAGUAUAGGACACAGCAGUCACCCCGGAGGCCGACCUGCCAGGCUGGCCUGCGUCUCAGUGAGACAGUUCUCCUGGUUUGUGGCAGUGGGUCGUCCAGUCAGGGACAGUUGCUCUGUGACACCAGAGGGGGCGCUGUUGGUGUCACGUUCAGACGCAGGCAUCAAACUGACCUUCCCCCCGGACUGCACUGUUCAGACCCGCACCAUCACUCUACAGGUGUUACAGGUGUCUGUCACCGAGGUCCAGAUGUUGUGUGGAGACCCUCAGGCCAGAGUCAGUCCCCUCCUCUGUCUCUCUCAAGACCCCAGCAUCCAAUUCCUCCAGCCAAUCAAGGUGCAGGUCCCUCUGCCAACCGGACUCACUGGUCAUACAGUAGACCUGUCCUGUCUCCACCUGCUUCAUGGAGACCCCAGCGCCCACACCUGGACAGACAUAACCUCACAGGUGUCCCUGUACGUCACACAGCUCUACGCCAUCUUCUACAUCACUCACUUCUCCUGGUACUGGCUGUGGUACACUACCCAGCGCUGUGUUAGCGGGGUGGUCCGUAGGGUCUACCAGAGACUGAAGCAGUUUCAGGUCCAGUUCCUGGUGCUACAGAGGAGAACAGACCCCAAACAGGUUCUGCUACAGUGCCUGCCUGCUGACAAGGUGGACAACAGAGUACAGUCUCUGUCAGAGCAGUACGAUGGCCCACAACCCUCUGACCUCUGUGACCUGUUGGAGGGAGAGCAGUUCUUCGCUGGCUUCGAGAGGGGCCUCGACGUCAGCGCAGAUAGACCAGACUGUGCGGAAGGGAGACUGUCGUUUGUGUUCUACUCUCGGUUGAAGAAUCUCAAAGAGGUGUACGUCUGUCCAACACAGAAGCAGGAGGGGUCAAUCAGGGGCCAGGUGUCUUUCUAUCGAGGGGAGGUUCCCAGUGACAUACCACAGGAAGUGGCCAGGAAAAGGAAAGGACACGACAGCCAAUGGCUGGCCACCUUACCACUCAGACUUCCUGGCCUAAACUCAGAGGGUGGUGGUAAUGGUAUGGACUGGGAGCAGCCUCAGUACCCUCCGCUGAACCUGGGCGACCCAGAGAGCGGGUACCUGACUGAGGCUAACCUGCUGGCCAUCUCCCUGCAGAUCGGACAGGACUGGAGGUCCAUUGGCAUCAACCUGGGAAUCAGCUACCAGGAGCUGGACCGCAUGCAGUACAAACACAGAGACAACCUAGGGGCCUUGGUGUUGGAGAUGCUGUUCCACUGGGCCCGGGGUCAGCAGCAGGAGGGUGUUGGGUUGCGUCCCGCUGGAGGUCCAGGCCAGCAGGGUAUUGGUGCAGUGCCCAGGUUGAUAGAGGCCAUGGUGGAGAGUGGCAGGAGGGACCUGGCUGAGGAGAUUAAAGACAUAGUGAGGCUAGGAACCCGGAAGUAUAAUGAGUCACUGAGGAGGGUGGGCCUAGAAGAGGAAGAGAAGAGACCUUCAACAGACACAGAUCCCUCACCUUCACACUGAACCAACUGACAGAGGGAGUAUAGAGAGUCACUGAGGAGGGUGGGCCUAGAAGAGGAAGAGAAGAGACCUUCAAAAGACACAGAUCCCUCACCUUCACACUGAACCAACUGACAGAGGGAGUAUAGAGAGUCACUGAGGAGAGUGAGACUACAGGAAGAGACCACCUCAUCUUCACACUGAGGAGAGUGAGACUACAGGAAGAGACCAUCUCAUCUUCACACUGAGGAGAGUGAGGUUACAGGAAGAGACCACCUCAUCUUCACACUGAACCAACUGACAGAGGGAGUAUAGAGAGUCACUGAGGAGGGUGGGCCUAGAAGAGGAAGAGAAGAGACCUUCAAAAGACACAGAUCCCUCACCUUCACACUGAACCAACUGACAGAGGGAGUAUAGAGAGUCACUGAGGAGAGUGAGACUACAGGAAGAGACCAUCUCAUCUUCACACUGAGAUUACAGGAAGAGACCACCUCAUCUUCACACUGAGGAGAGUGAGACUACAGGAAGAGACCACCUCAUCUUCACACUGAGAUUACAGGAAGAGACCACCUCAUCUUCACACUGAGGAGAGUGAGACUACAGGAAGAGACCACCUCAUCUUCACACUAAGGAGAGUGAGACUACAGGAAGAGACCAUCUCAUCUUCACACUGAGGAGAGUGAGACUACAGGAAGAGACCACCUCAUCUUCACACUGAGGAGAGUGAGACUACAGGAAGAGACCACCUCAUCUUCACACUGAGGAGAGUGAGGUUAGAGGAAGAGACCAUCUCAUCUUCACACUGAGGAGAGUGAGACUACAGGAAGAGACCACCUCAUCUUCACACUGAGGAGAGUGAGGUUAGAGGAAGAGACCAUCUCAUCUUCACACUGAGGAGAGUGAGACUACAGGAAGAGACCACCUCAUCUUCACACUGAGGAGAGUGAGACUACAGGAAGAGACCAUCUCAUCUUCACACUGAGGAGAGUGAGAUUUGAGCAAGAGGAGAUGACUGAACCCUUCAUUCUGAAGCAGUAGACUGAACUCUGUAAAACACUGGGGUUUAAAGUAACUGUUUCUAUGAAAUGUGACCUAUAAUUAAUUACGAUAUGAGUGAAAUAGUCUUCCUUCUAAAUUGUUUUAUUUAAAUGUGUUAAAAAGCAACUUUUCUGUGUUGUAAUGGUGUGGGCGUAUAUGGUCAAUAUUCACCUAAGUAGAACGCUGAUUGGAUAUAGCAAGCUUUUAUUUUUUAACUUUCUGUUUUUACAAGUGUGAGGUAAGGUUUUUAAAGUGUUUUGUCUCCAAUUUAUGCUCUGGCCACAAAUACAAAUAUAGGAUAAGUCAACAACAUUAUUUGGGUUUGAGUUAACAGAAUAUGAACUUUUAAAUGUGAUUUUUUUCGCUGGACAGUUACUUGAAGCCCUUGGAAAGCCUCAGGCCGGACCAGCCGGUUCUGCAGUGGAAAGCCUCAGGCCGGACAACAGGUUCUGCAGUGGAAAGCCUCAGGCCGGACCAACCGGUUCUGUAGUGGAAAGCCUCAGGCCGGACCAGCCGGUUCUGCAGUGGAAAGCCUCAGGCCGGACCAGCCGGUUCUGUAGUGGAAAGCCUCAGGCCGGACCAGCCGGUUCUGUAGUGGAAAGCCUCAGGCCGGACCAACCGGUUCUGCAGUGGAAAGCCUCAGGCCGGACCAGCCGGUUCUGUAGUGGAAAGCCUCAGGCCGGACCAACCGGUUCUGCAGUGGAAAGCCUCAGGCCGGACCAACCGGUUCUGCAGUGGAAAGCCUCAGGCCGGACCAGCCGGUUCUGUAGUGGAAAGCCUCAGGCCGGACCAACCGGUUCUGUAGUGGAAAGCCUCAGGCCGGACCAACCGGUUCUGUAGUGGAAAGCCUCAGGCCGGACCAGCCGGUUCUGUAGUGGAAAGCCUCAGGCCGGACCAACCGGUUCUGCAGUGGAAAGCCUCAGGCCGGACCAACCGGUUCUGUAGUGGAAAGCCUCAGGCCGGACCAACCGGUUCUGUAGUGGAAAAACCAACAACUGUGUCACUCAGCUGCCAGGCUUGAGAACAAGACCAUCCACUGGGGAGAGACAUGGACAGAAUGAGCUGAGAACCAUCAGCUGUAGAGAGACAAGAACCUGGACUAUUUCAGUUGUGUGUUCCAGUCUUGCUCAGCUGCAGAGAUGGUGGCUCCACACUAGGUACAGAUGGCCGUCUUACACUUGACUAACUUGGACACCCACCAUGUGUGGUAUGGUCUGAAACGUGUGUACCACAACCCAGCCGCCAGCCAUUCAGCUGCUCUAAUGGUGGCUGUUUGAACUGUAGCACAGAGAAGGAGGAAAACCACAUAUGCUGCUGACAGGGUUUGGGUCAAUUUCAAUUCCAGUUCAUUCAAGAAGCACACUGAAAUUCUAAUUCUCUUUUUUAGGUUUUCAAUUAGGAAAAUGUGGAAUUUGAAUUUUGUUUACUUUCUGAAUUGAAAUGAAAUUGACCCCAACCCUGUUUGUUGGACUGGUGUCCUAUUCAAAUCGUGGCACCUCUUAUUGAACAACGUGUUCUUGACUUGCUGAUAAACAGAUGAAGGAAUGGACUCGUCGCUCUUGUGUUCUUGUCCUGAUAUUUGUGGCGUCAUCCCUGUCAGAUGUACAAUAUACACCUGUUGAAAUCACCAGAGGGGGUCUUCGUGAACCUCAUGUUGCCCCUGAGCUGAACUCUGAAGUGAUUCAUUUGUGAUGUUAUGAUUUGCCUAAGAUAUGAUACAGUGCACUUGCAAAACUAUUCAUCCCCUUGGUGUUUUUCCCCCUGUUCUGUUGCAUUACAACCUGUCAUUUAAAUGGAUUUGUGUCUGUAAUGGACAAAAUA